CUAUUUUAUGCUGUAAACGUUUCUACUGACAAUAAACUUAGAGGAUUAUAGAAAAAGAAAACAAAAAAAUAAACACAAUUUUCCAAGCUAAAGUGUGUUUGUCCGUUUUAAGCUAGAGAUGGGUGCAUAAGUGGAAAGAAACGAGAGACAGAUCCAAUUUGGAGACUGCACUGACCUGACCGAACAAUCGCAAACAGAAGCUGACGACAGACACUAGAACCUGUGCUACUGCAGGUUAUAAUCAUUACCGUGACAACCAUGGACCUGGACGAUGACAGUUAUGUCGACUCGUAUUUUUAUAAUUCUCACCAGCAUUCAUCCUCAAUCUUGGGAGCAGUAUUUGAAGGACUCAGGAAUGCCCAGCUUAGAUUCUACAACCAGGCUUUGUCUUUGGCGUCUGUGGUUGAUACGAUUGUCUUAAAUUCGAUUGAAGCUGUGAAAGGUAGCGGGCCAUCCUUUGAUUUUGAAGCAGCUCGCCUUAAACCCCAAGCUCAUUCUGCCGCCUUUUCUGGGAUGCCCUUCGUGGGAGUGAUUUGUUCUGGGAAUGGCUGCAAGGCUGUUCUUGUAUCUCUAGUGACCUUCGUGUUUACCUUGGGAAUCUUCUCAGUGGCCACCUAUGUGUAUUUGAAACAGAGAAAUCGUGCCGCCCAGAUGUUCCUUAUGAAAGUGCAGAACGGACGCCAGCCUGUUCAGGAUUCACACCCCUCUCAGACGAAGGCAGCAUCAGACACUUGUACCGAGAAACAUCCCGAGGUUCAAGAUGCUGAGGAGGUCUCACUGAUAGCAACCGCUGGAAAACAGCUCAAAACCAAAAUGAAACUCUUUACAGAAAAAAUUCCAGCAACAAAGAGAAGGAUCUACGCAACGAAAUCAACGCCAUCGGUAACUCAGCCGUUCAAGGUAAUCUCCGCCCCAUCCAAACCAACUCCUUGCAACAGAAGUAAACUGGGCGCCGCCCGCUCCAAGACUCAAAUGUUUAGUCGUCUGUCACCUUCUCCAAAAACGAGGUUUCGAGGUGGUGGUUUCUCAAGGACAAGUGUCCCAGACCUGGAUUCACACGUCAGCAGUAACGUAAGCUCACGUUCACAGUCUGCUCCGAGGUGCAGACCACACGUGAGGCAACCGGCAAGAGUGAGCAGAGAUCUUUCAGUUUCUCAGAAAGCUUUCAGUUCUACCACUCUCCCUGGCAGUUUUAGAAUAGAUAUGCUAGCAAAAUCUUUAAAAGCACAACAAAAGUCACUUGCACCGGAUAAAAGUACAACAAAACGUUCGCCAGUGAAACCCUCACAGCAGACGAUCAAGUUAAAAGAAUCUAAAUCUAAAAUAUGUAUGCAGAGACGAAGAGACCAUAAAGUGAAAAAAUCCCCUGGUUCUGCUUCACUAGAACGUAAACAAUCAUUGACGAGUCAUGUUCAAAGGAAAAAGUUAGCUCGGAAACCAAAUCUGGACCGAAUUUCCAAUGCAAACGUUGGAAAAAUACGCAGACCAUUUCGUUUGAAUACCAAAAACGUAGUUUCAUCGUCUAAAAGUUCAAACAAUACGUUAAUAAAAUCAAGAGACCUAGGAGAAACGAUGAUCUCACAGACGAAAAAGGGCAAACAUGGAGAGUGUAGGCUGCAACAGCAAACUGAAACGAAGAAAAGUAAUAAUCAGUAUUAUCCUACAUCCCAAAAAGCAGGAGCUAGUAAUAUUUCUGCUCUUUUCUCUUCUCGGAAAACCAACGGGGAAGACUAUCUUUUGCCCAACUGCCUUGUUCGACCCGUAGCAACACGAGAGAAGACAGGCAACGAGGGGAAAAACUUCCCGGGAAAUUUCAGAAUUCGUAAAACGGAAACACCAGAGUUGAAAUCGUUAACAGGGGAGGGGGCCUUCACGUCCUACUCAAAGACUGAACAUUUUGAUCUUAACGGAUCUUUUUGCCCCGCCACAGGAGAGUUUUAUAAGAGCGUGAAUAAAGAGGCUGUGAGGACAAACACGUUUCACAAGCUUACAAUGGCGGAGGAGGACUGUAAGGGAAAGUUGGGCGUCAUCGGCGUAACCUCAGAGAUGCACUGCGAAACCCCAAAACAUGCUCAGGCCAAUCACAUGACUGCCAGCGGUCAGGACAAACCACAGCAGCUAGCAACAGAAAUGGCUGAUAUCAACGUUAACAGCUGGCUUGGGUUUUGGCCAGAACAGGGCAGGGGUGAUAAGUCAACAAGAGAUUUUCUAACCGAAAGUACUGGAGGUAAACACACCUGUUUCCCAAAUCAAGAAACAUCAAAUCGUUGCUCAAAAUGUAAUCUGUUUUUGAAAACAAAAGACAACUGGUCACUCUCUCCAACUAUUCUAACCCAUAAAUCAGAUAUGCGAGUAACGAGGAAAGAACUUAAAAGACAAUAUGGAAAUAUAAAAGAUGGCCCAGGUCACAUAUCUCUCCAGCCCUGGCCAGCAAGAAAGAUGACGCACCAAUGUAGACAUCCUGUAUAUCCUAGCCGCAGCAAAGAGGGUCAGGAUCAACAGCCCACUCCGGCAAAUAUCUUUUCCCACGUAUGCGAAGCUCAGCUUAGCACUAGAGAAUUUGAAAGCCACUUGGAUAAUGGACAGAGCAAUACUGAUACGCUUUUUGACAGACAUUCUAACUCUGUCAAGCACACAGAUACAACGGCUUCGUCUGGAGAUACUGAAAAGGACACGCACAGAGCAGUUUAUCACACUUUGUGUUUUGGAAGCGAUGGAUACCCGAGGGUUGUUCCGAGAGAAACUAGGAGCCAUGAGCAGAAAUGCUGCUUUACCUAUGAUAACAAAAUAAGAGAUUAUCCCUAUAUUAUAAAGGGUACAACAACAAAACAUAAGUCUCGAAAGGAAAACUUAAAUUUCAGUUUGAGAAGCUGUCCGAAUUCGCACAAAGCAAAAUCACACCCCAACAGUCUAUCUCGGCAUCGGGUGAAGAUGUGCAGGUCUGGAUGCAGACAGAGUAUACGAGGCACAAGAAAGCGGGGCUUGGAGCUCUCUGAAGAUGAUGUCUUAAAUGUCUUGGAAAGUGAUCUCGCGAGACCACGCCGACUUCUAAAGGCAAAACGCGUCAAAGAGGAGAAGGAACGGGAAUCGCAAGGUCAACAGCCAAAACCACAUCCAUUGGGACACAGCAUCUCUUUGCAGUACAUGCUACACGAGCUACAUGAUUUGGCACACACAAAGCAUGCUACGCCGAGGAGUAGUAAAGACUUUUACGGGUAUUUCCGGAGAUGUGAAAAGCCAGAGACAUGGCCAUGGUAUCCGACAAGCAAUGAAAGUUUCACGACAGCAAAGAGAUACCAAGACAAACCAGAGACGGGAAGUAGGGCACAUAGGUACCAUCAUCGAUGUCAUCGACUCCGCUCGCACCGUCACGAACCAUACAAGAUGGACACAGCAAGUAGCAGCAGUAGCUCAGCAUACGCCCACAGUCAGCGGAAACUGAACAAGAACAAUUGCAGUCCUUGCAAAGAAAAGAGAUUCGUAGUGCUACCUCACAUGGGCAGAGCUCCAGCUUCAGAGCCAGACUUUUCUCUCGAAAUUGACAUGAACGAGAACCCAGGUUAUGACUGCCGCCAUGUUGUGGCGUCUGGUGUCUCGGAAGUGGGUUCUGAGAUGUAUCACGACCCCUACGGAGACUCUUCUGCUGGGAGCAGACCUGCUCGUUUGGCUGAUAGAGAGAGAAUCACCAAAUUGUUGUGGCCACACGGCAAAAACUGUCAACCAGACAGUGGUCAGCAAGGCGAGGAAGUAAAAGUUAAAGAACAGGAAAGGUGCCAUUUUCGACUGCCUUAUGACUGGCGGAGUGUGAGUCAUAUAAGAGCAAGAAGGGGGUCAAGACAAAACAACGACUCUUUAAGGAGUAAUCAUAGAUUUAAGGGAAAUGCAUUGUGCUUAGCACGCAAAGCUACGUUUUCACCUGAGACCACGGAACAUAGAAGAAACCAACAGAAACGUUACAUUAAGAACCGUCUACCCAAGGGUAACAAUAAGAUAUGGGAUAUACGCGAUCAGAAAGAAACAGGCUUCAAUCAUAUACAAAGAUACAAAAUUCAUUCAAUUCAAACGGACUCAAUUAGAAACGUACCAACCGAUGUCGACAAAAAUCCGUCCACAAGUGCCAGAUCGACAAAAACAGAAAAUAUUUCCCAAAACGUGGAGGCUUCCAGUAAAAGUAAAUCGUCCAUUUCAAAGCAUGUGGGAGUUCAGACCAGCCCCACUUUGAAUUCCACAAAAAUUGAAAUUAAAGCUGCCAAAAACAUGAAAACUCGCUCCCUGCUGCCGAAACUAAUAUGCAAUAAAUUGCACAGGCCUAUGAAACCGAGACCUUUCUUAAGACGCCAAAGAAGCAGUAUACCUCGCAGGGUCUCAGUUGUACGUUUGGAAGAAAAAGAAGUAAUUUCUGACUCACGUAAGGAAUCGAUGCUUUCCUUACCAAGGUCACCUGAACAUUCAGGAAAAGCAUUAAAUUCUGGAGCAAUAGAUUUCAUGAAACCUGCGUACGAUAAGUACACAACAGAGUUUGAGACAAGCAAAAAGAAUACAGACAAUGAAUCAGAAGAGUUAACCUUUGUAAAUAAGCCGGUCAUGACAGGAAAAGUAAUAGGGACAAAAACUGAAAUGGAUAUCAAUGGUUCUUUACAAAUGCCACCUGAAAAUUUGAAGACGAGUGAGGUAGUGAUGAAUUCAGCAGACCACACGAGAAAAUCCUUUCCAGAGAGUAUACAGAGAUCAAAGGAGCAAAGCAAUGCUGAUAAUGACGUCAAAGACUGCAGUAACCACAUGCUUCCCCAUCCAGGCAAAGACAAGGAAACAGUCCUUGCUAAUAAGAGCCAUCAGAAAAACGUAAAAAUUCCAAAAGACGUACAAGAAGGCACUGGGCUGUGCUCUUUAGUUGAGGAAGAGGAUUCCACCUUACUGAACAGGACAUACUCGAUCCGGAAUACUUCACCCACAACCUAUUCCAGACCAAACGCCACUCCGAAGAAGAUCAGUGAGAGCAAUACAUUUCACCCACUGUCAGGGUUGCAAAACAUCUGUCUGAUAAGACCAAUGUGGCAAAAUGCUGACGUGACGGAACUAGAUAGACGGGUGAGACGAGCACUUCGUCUGCGAGAAGAACUACAGCAGUGUAAAAUGAACAAACAAAACACAAGCACUGCCCAAAUCAUCACUCAGAUCUCUGAAUGCAAAAAUUCUGACACCAGUGAAUCACCCGCCACGGAAGACCUGAGACCCAGUGACACAGACGAAAUCCCUUCUUGCCAGCUGGAUGCCACUUCAAGCUUUCACCAGUUCAGUUCUUCUAACAUAGCCAGGAGAGAGAAUUGCUCCCUCAGUCCAACAAAUGCCAGUACACUUCAAAAUGAAGUAAUUGGUUUUGAAAAAACCCAACCCCAACGUGAAAUCAUAGAAAAUGUGACGGAUUCGGUAGAGCAAGGGGGACAUUACUCAAUAGACGGCAACUUUACCUCUGGUAUUGAAAGUUUCAAUAACACAGAUGUUGUAGCUCAAUUUAUAGGAAAUAAAAGCAUGGAACAUCAAAAAGCGCAUGAUUUUUUUGUCCAGGAACAGGCUGGAGAUGACAAAGCGGAGAUGAGUGGAGAGGGUGCAGUUAACGAUGACUUUCCAGUGGACGGCCUUGACGAGCUAAGCCGGCGCGUAGGCCGCAGCGGCUCCUUCCAUUAUAUACUGCACCAGCCAGUGACUCAAAGGCCUGAGCGUCCGUCCAGCGCUCACAUCUCUUCAAAGCCCAGCAACAGUGGUCAUUGUGGUCUCAAACGCUUAGGCCACAAACAGAAGAACUCACCGCCAACUAAAAUCUCUAAAGUGGACAAUGCAGCAACACCUGGAGGAUCCAGAUUGGUAGGGCAGCUAGUGAAGAGUUUGCCUCAUGUUCCUCUGUUGUCUUUUGUAGAAUGGUUCAUUGAGACGUCAGACCCGCGAAAUUUCAUCGAUUCAGGAAAAUCUUCAAGCAGUUCAAAUCCCGGGAAUGAUCGUGAUAGAACAACAUCACCCAAAGCCGGAAUCACACGCUCACAAGAUACUUCCCCCACGAAGGUUCCUUUUCAGAGACCUCGAGAAAAAGAUAAGAAUUUAGAAGAGCUCCUAUCUGUUUCUUACAAGACAGCGCCUAACCUUCAUUCAAAACACAUAGCUACACCUUUCUUGAAACCUCAGCCUACAGGCUUGAAUAGUUUUGAAAGUUUCCGUUAUGAAAAGAACAGAGAUAUCGACUCAAGCCAUCUGUCUGUAACCCCAACCACCCCAACCAAUGUCAAAAUAAUUGGUGAGCCUACAGACAGAAAAUGCAAUAAGGACGCUUUAAGGAUUGGGCAAUAUACACCAGAGAAGCAGCCUCCAAAGAGCAAAGCACGAAAAAUAAGACACAUAAUGAAUCCUAACGUUGAUGAUAUAAUCAGACCCAUCCGAAGCCACAGGCAGCGUAGGUACACAGUGACAAAGUCUCUGUUUCCUCCAAGUAGCUUGCAAGGAAGUGAGACUCCAAGCUAUGAGACUGUUCCAAAAAUGUCCCUGGAACCAGCUGCAAAAUGCCAAAUGAAUAAAGAAAAUGGAGAAGUGAGUAAUGGAUUUGAUAGUAAAAAAGCUAUUUGUACUGGGAACUCGGAGGAGCCAAGAGUAGCACACACACCGUUACCAAAUGAAGCAUCAAGUAAUCAAAAUUGGGCUCCCAAAUCUAGUCCUUUAGCCAACGGAACAGCACAGCAUCCUGACGGUAUUGCUAAAAUAUUGACUAGUUUCGAGCCUACUGAACACAUGACAGAGUCAUUGAAUGCGGUCCAGUUGACAGAGCAAAAUAUUGUAGGUACUUUUUCAAGUCCUGGAAAGAGUUUAGAAGACAGACCGGCUGUCCCUGCCAUGCAGCUGUUUCUAGGUUCUCAGUUAUACCAGCCAACAGAAAGUGCUGAGUGCAAAGAAACAGCUGACAAGUGUGCUCCCGGCAUCAGGCAAAUUCUCAUGAAACUUCGCAAUGUCAAGGAUACAGGAGACUCGGCCACAGUGGCUCAGCCAGACCGCAUGAGGAUAACUUUGAGAAAGUCUUCAGAUGUUACCGGAAUCAUUGCCAAGUUUCAGGGAACUGGUGGGAGAAAAUAGAAAAAAACGAUGUUAAAGACAUUUCUUGUUGACUUUUCAGGCCUGAUCAACAUGAAAUCAUGACAUCUUGAUAGUCACAUUACUCUUCUUCUGUUAUUCCCUAUUGCGUGUUCACAAAAGAAGUUGCUUUCCAGAAAGCAAGCUCAGAUGUUGGCCGUGGUUGUAGAAAAUGUAUGAUUAAAAAAACACAAAAAAAACAACAACAAGCAAAUCCAACAAAAGAAUGUGGGCUGGAGCAAUUGAAAGAGUUUCGACAUACAAUUUGACCACACACAAUAACAAUAAUAUUGUGAACUCAGCACAUUCCAUCAUAACAGCUAUUGUAUCCUGUUACACCUAGCAUUAAAAGCACCUUUCUCCCUGUUUCACGGACAUCUCUGUGACUUCAUCUACCACGACUGCUGAAUUUCGGACUUUCGAUGAAUUACUGAUAAAAGGCAACUUUCAGUGAGCCAAAAAAGGACUUACCAGUAAUUGCAUUGUGUCACAAUACUACAGAAUGGGAAACAGACAGCGAGCGAGCGAGCGAGCGAGAGAGAGAGAGAGAAAGAGAGAGAG